AAAGGCAAUUUGAUAUCAAGAACCAGGAAAAUGUAUAUCACACUUAAAUUUUCAACAUUGAAAUAUUUACUUUGCAUAAUGUAGUUCGUUUUAUCUAUUUGUCAAACUUAAUUUCUCCUAGAAAGUGUAGACUUUUAUGGACAAAUCCCGUUUGAUCGUGUUUUCAUAUUGGUACUGACGAGAAUAUACUUAGGGAAGAUGUGUUGUACAAAUGGGAGUAAUAGAAAGAUUUUACUGAGGAUAAUGUAAUGACAUUCAGAUAGUUCAAUUCCCCGAAGGAUUACUUAUAACGCAUGAAAGGUGUCAGUUUUCCGUGCCCACCAGAUGUUGUUUUACAAUGCUAUUAUCGAAUGUUAAUGUUGGGGAAGAUAUUGUUUUACGUAUGAGAGUUCAUGCGAAUUCUGUUCUUUUCCAACUCCGGAAACAUUUACUGUAGCAUGCUGCUUUUAGACAUUUGAAAUCGAGAACCUGUUUUUCAAUGUGAUUUAUGUUCGUUUGCGAGCAUCAGCGCCAGGAAAUAACAACUCUGUUUAAGGUGUGAUAAGGAGAUUUUAAGCCAUGAAUGCUAGUUAUAUCAAGACCAACGUAACAAGCGUAAGUCCUGGUAACUGUACACAAAAUGAUUGCGAAACACAGACUAACACACUUGAAAUGUAUAACAACGAAAUAUUUAUCACGAACCUGCCAACGAUCUUGUACACGUCCUUCAUGAUGAUUCUUGGUCUUCCUGGCAAUAUUAUUGUCUUGUACAUCUAUUUCUGCAAAUGGCGGAGAAGUACCUCCAGGAUGUUUAUUUUGUUUCUAGCGGCUCUUGAUACAAUGAACUGUGCUACAACGUUGCCGAUGGAAAUUUACAUCAUGAGAAAUCCUAUCAAGCUUGAUCAACCUGUGUUAUGUAAACUUUCUCGAUAUUCAACGUAUGUGAUGAAUUGCUCUUCAGCUUUAAUUCUUGUUGGUAUCGCUGCCGACAGAUUCAAACGUAUAUGCAGACCUUAUCAGCGAGCAUUCAGCGAAGAUCAGUCAAGGUAUAUUUCUAUCGCUGCCAUAUUGUUUUCCAUGGCAACAACGUGGCCAUCUUUAAUUCUGUACGGAACGAGAACAGUUCAUCAUGGGAAUGUUACAGGAUCAGCCUGUUUGCUUGAGAACAGGUAUGACACGUCACCAUAUCCUCUGGCAUACUUCAGUUUCAUGAUAACCAACACUAUAAUAACAUUUUUGAUAUUGAUCAUUUUGUAUUACCUCGUAGGGUUACAAAUAUAUAAACAUAGGAAGUUUAAGCUUAAAAACUGCACACACGUGGAAAAAGUAGUAGAUGAUAAGUCAGUUACUGUAAAAUCAGAAAAAUCCAACGGCGAAAAGCCUAAAUCUUCAAACAAUGCUGCAAACGAUUGCGAGAGAGAGCCAUGUGUAAACGAUGUAAAUGUUGUGAUAGUUGUCAAAGAGGAAUCCCUGAUUCAAAACGAAAAUAAUGAGGAUGAAUUGAAACCAUAUCAGCUAGGUUUACCGUCGCCAUGUAAGGACGAUGGAACUAGUUGUGGCCUUCUAAAUGUACCGUAUCAACAAGGUGGGUACCAUGGCUCUGAUAUGAAUUUGUCCGAUGUUACAAGAGAGACUAGUGCACACUCUAUUAACGAUUUAAAGGUUGACGAGAUACCGAUACCGGCGGCAAAAACACUUCCAACUCAGUGUGCAAAACAAACGGUUAAAGAAAAGAAAAAGAAAAAACGAGUGAGAUAUUUACUAGUGCGAGGCUCAUCGACACUAAAUGCGUCCGGACGAGCGAAAGGUGUAAACUGUUUAACAAUUAGAGUUGGCCGAUCUACUUUAAUGUUGUUUUUUAUAACAAUUGCUUAUGUAGUAAGUUUCUUGCCUUUCUAUAUUCUUGUUAUUGUCAGACAAUCAGACAGAAAGUUUGAGCCUGGGAUGUCGAAAUCCGAACUGGCAGCCUAUCAUUUAUUUUUAAGGUCAUACUUAUUGUCAAGUGCUGUGAAUCCAUUCAUAUACUCAUUUUGUAAUGUUCAAUUUAGAGAAUACUGUAAGGAAACAUUUUCAAGAAUUUUUCUAAGGAGACAACACAGUGUUCAAAAUCGUUCAAGAUAUUUUAAGCGAAAACAUUAAGUAAAGAUUUUACGAAAGUUGGCUUAAAACACGAUUAAGCGGAAAGCCAAAUAUUGGCUGUUUAAUGAAUAUUUUAUUAUUUUUUACUAUUUUUAUGCAUCUCAUGCACUCGUUUACAAUUUGUUGUUGAAAUGUAAUAUGCUCUGAACAUAUUUAACAGUCACUUCGCGAAGUAACCUUUGGUUUAUACUGGUCGAAGUUAUUCUUUGUUUUGUUUACAAAUUCAACAUUUUAUAUGAAAUGUUUUGUUUCUUUUUACAAAAAUCUGAUACCAGUUUUACUUCUAUAUAGCCCGCCCGCUUAGCUCUUUAGGGAGAGCAAGCGUGGACCUUUGGAUCGAGGUGCCUAUAAAUCGAUUACCGAGAGAUAUUUCGAAGAAUUAUUGGCUGAUAUCGUUCGUCAGCCACAUAUUUGGUUAGCAGUAGCUUGCGGAACGUAUAUAGGCGUUUGUACAAAAUCCUAUAUAAUUAUAGGCCAAUGAGGCAGCUCUAGAUUUUUGUGGUGCUAGAGGACCCAAGGUGCUCCUCGAACAUUCAGAAAUUCAGGCAAGGGCAGGCACCCAGGAAGAACCUUAUGCAAUAUUUCGACAUCCGAAGUGAGGUUUUGAACCCUCAGUUACAAUGGGCGAGUGAUUAAAAAACACCCAGCCUCGGCUCGGAGCCCCCUUGCAUGAAACGUAUGCUAGUUUUUGAUAGACAUCGAUAUUUUCUAUCUUUGGAAAUCGUGUUCGAUUAAAUUGAUCUGCGGAGUUCCAGGUCGGAUGUUACGUGAAUAUCUGAUUUUUAUUUUUUCGGAUAUUACUCUCAGUGAUAAAUUAUGGACCAAACAUCUGUGUUUUUGUAUCGAUAGACAGCCAGCUCAUAUAAUGACAGAUGCUGGAUUUUGAUUUUUUUUCUAUCGUUUCUUAAGUAAACUGCUCAUUUUUAUACGUAUUGUAUCAUUUAGCUUACAGUAUUUGUAUUAAUUUGAUGAAAAUUAAACGUCUUGUCUUGAUAACGUCUGUUUAUUUAUCUUUCCUUCUCUCCGAUACAUUUUAGGUCAGUAGCAUUUAACAUAUGAAUUUGUUUAUUUUGAAAUAAGAAAGAAUAGGCCGUCGUUUGAACGUCUGCUGAAUUUAUGAAUAUAUGUACAGUCAAAUGACCUGCAAUACACAGA